UUACUAUAAAAUUUGGCUUGCUCUGAACAAAGUACUUGAGCCAAAAUCAAACUCAUCAUCAAUAUAUAAUUUGCAAACUCAUCUUCCAGAAUCAAUGGCAAUGAUACUUCCUUCAAGACCAUUUUACAUCCUUUGCCCCAUCUUCCUUCUCCUCAUCCGAGCCACCACUCAGCCUGAUUUCCAAUACUAUUUUUGUGCAAAGGAUGGAGGCAACGUUACUUAUGCCUACCGUGCUAACCUCGAUAAUCUCCUGUCGUCCCUUGUCAUAAAAGAAGAUAAUGGCUUCGGCUUUUAUAAUCUCUCUAACGGCAACGCUCCCGAUAAAGUUUAUACAAUGGGGCUAUGCAGAGGAGAUGUCGAUUCCAAAUUUUGCCGUACUUGCCUCAACGACUGUGCAUACCUUCUGAGACAGCGUUGCAGCAAUAAGGCAGAGGCAGUUGGAUGGUACGAUAACUGUACGCUACGCUACUCCAACCGCUCCAUGUUGGGCAUCAUGGAAACUUCACGAACAUAUUCUAUGUGGAACACCCGUAAUCUAACGUCUAACGUGGAUGGCUUUUUCCAAAAUCUCAGUACUUUGCUGAAUAACCUCAAAAAACAAGCUGCGGCCGGUGGUUCUCUUCGCAAAUUUGCAACGGGAAAUACAAGUGCUCCAGACUUUAUAACCAUAUACGCGCUGGUGCAGUGCUCGCCAGACUUGUCGCAGAGAGACUGUGACGAUUGCUUGGAUGAUCAGUUUGGGUUUAUCCCGACAUGUUGUGAUGGGAAGGUCGGAGGAAGAGUUGUUGGCCCCACUUGUAACUUUAGGUACGAAAUUUACCUUUUCUUUGGGCCUGCGUAUGUCCCAUUACGGGAAUCCCCGCCACUUCUAGCACCACCGUCGAUUAACAGUACCACAAGGAUACGAGAUAAAGAGAACAACCCUUCAAGAACUGUCAUUAUUGCUGUUGUUUCAACUGUUGUUUCUAUGAUACUGAUCAUCUCUGCCUGCGUGUAUUUGUGGAGGAAAAAGAAAAAGGACGAAGAAGCUCCCCAAUUUUUAUACCAAUCUGCUGAGGAAAUUGAAAGUUUGGAAUCCUUGCGUUACAGUUUUGAGAUCAUUAGAGGUGGGACAGAUAAUUUUUCAGAGGCAAAUAAGCUUGGACAGGGCGGAUUUGGCUCUGUUUAUAGGGGAAAGCUUCCCGAUGGACAAGACAUAGCUGUGAAAAGAUUGUCUAGGAAUUCAGAUCAAGGAGAUUUGGAAUUCAAGAAUGAGGUCUUACUAGUUGCCAAGCUUCAACACCGUAAUCUAGUAAGGCUCCUUGGUUUCUGCUUGGAAGGAAGUGAAAGGCUUCUUGUGUAUGAGUUUGUUCCAAAUGCAAGCCUUGAUAAUUUCAUAUUUGAUCCAAGCAAGCGUGCAAACUUAGAUUGGGAGAGGCGCUACAAAAUUAUAGGAGGCAUUGCUCGAGGGCUCCUUUACCUUCACGAAGAUUCGCGUCUAAGAGUUAUCCAUCGAGAUCUCAAAGCUAGUAACAUUUUGUUGGAUGAAGAAAUGCACCCAAAGAUUUCGGAUUUUGGAUUGGCUAGGUUGUUUGUUGUUGAUCAAACUCAGGGCAAUACAAAUAGAAUUGUGGGAACCUAUGGAUAUAUGGCUCCAGUAUACGCAAUGCAUGGACAUUUUUCGGUUAGGACCGAUGUAUAUAGUUUUGGUGUGUUACUUUUGGAGAUAGUGAGUGGACAGAAAAAUAAUUAUUUUCGUCAUGGAGAACAUGUUGAAGACCUCUUAAGCUAUGCGUGGAGAAACUGGAUUGAUAGGACUGUCUCAAAUAUCAUAGAUCCAUUAGUGACGGUUAAUUCAGUAUCUGAAAUAAUGAGAUACAUCCACAUCGGACUAUUGUGUGUCCAAGAAAAUGUAGCUCAUAGGCCAACAAUGGAUACAAUUGUUCUUAUGCUAAACAGCAAUUCUCUGUCACUCCCGGUGCCCUCAGAACCAGCUUUCUUUACGAAUAGCGACAUUGGAUCCGAUAUGGCAUUGGCAUCUGCAAAUGAAACUUCAAUUUCUGAACUCUACCCUCGCUAGUGAGGAUAAUUACUUGUUCAUAUACCAUGGUUAAUUGAUGAAGUAAAUGCAUAGAAUUCUUCGUUUCACACUGCGAUGUAACGUGUACGUUUUCAUAAAGGAAAUAAUUUCUUCCGGUUCUUCCCAAGAAUCGUCAACCUUCCAUGUUCAAUUAUCAAUUGUUUAUAUAUGUCUCAUAUGUAUCUAAUCCUAAAACCGAUAUGGAGAUAUCACCACUUACGAUUAUAAAGAACAAAACAAAUCUCAA